AUGGCGGCGGCGACGGCGCUGGACAUCGCGGAGCUCCCCUUCUCCGACCUAGUCGUACUCCUAUCUCCCGAGACUCCUGCUGACGACGGCCGCUUCCGACGCGUUGUGGACGCCGUCGCGACCGAGCUCGGCCGAGGCGGGUCCGGGCUGCUGGCCAUCGCCGGGGUGCCGCGUGUGGGCGCCCUCCGUCGGCGACUCCUCCCCUUGGCCCGACGCCUCGCCCUCAUGGACCACCCGAUCCGCUCCCAACUCCUCAAGAAGCAUGGUUUGGGCAGCGACGUGCCUUUGAAGAAGCUCAAUCGGUCUGUAUCCUCGUUCGCGCAGCUUCUAAGGCACUCAGGUGAACUCACCUUGCUUGAGUCUGUGAACAACAACAACGGUUUUAAUUCUUCAGAUAAGAUACAGGAUUGUAACCAAUCCGUGGACGCUAACGGUGACGAUGACAUGGAGAAUCUUGGUGGCCUCGUUAAGGAGCUUGGUUUGUACAUGAUGGAGCUUGGGAUUUUGGUUGCACGAGCUUGCGAUAUUGCCAUCGGUAGAGGUCAGCUAGAGCAGAGCAUCACUGACUUUGGGACGGCAAAGGCGAGGCUCAUUCACUACCACUCUGAGCUGGAUAACAAUGUUAUCAGGGAUAACAGUACAAAGAGGAAAGGUUCGGAAUGGCACUAUGACUAUGGAAUCCUCACUGUUUUAACAGCACCAUUGUUCCUGAGCGCCUCUGAGGACGAAAACAGUUUGGUCAACCUGGAAUGUCAUCCUCCUGAUGGGCACACACACUUGCAUUUAUGCAAUGGAAGGAAGAUAUUCUCUGUUAGAUGCUCUCCUGAGAACUUCAUUGUUCAGGUUGGAGAGGCAGCAGACAUCUUGUCCCAAGGGAAAUUGAAAUCUACACUUCAUGCUGUGAGUAGACCUUUGACUUCCACAGACAUCAGCCGUGAGACUUUUGUUGUCUUCCUACAGCCCUCAUGGGACAAAACUUUAGCUUAUCCUGGUUACUCUUUAGAUGAAGGUGAAUCCAUUCUUAGCAAGGAGACUUCAGACGUCAGUGAUGGAUCAGCAGGGCCUUGUGAUGAAGAUACAUUUAUGCAAGAAAUUCUGAAAAAAAUUCCCCCUAUGUCAUCAAGGCUAAAAGAAGGGAUGACAUUUGCAGAAUUUUCUCGUCAGACAACAAAACAGUAUUACGGUGGCAGUGGCAUCCAACAAAACAAUUGA